UCUCAACCAUUCCUGCCCACAACGCCCCAGCUUGCUGCCAGCAAAGCCCCUCCACACCCCUCAAACUCCAGACCCUUCACAUCAAUUUACUGUUGCCUUCGACCUCACCCCAGCAAUUUUCUCUGAAUCGACCCCUUUUCCUCCUCUCCCAAGUCUCUGAGUUUCUCUCUCCUCCUGCCAUCCUGAGUUCUGCCAUCCUUAGGGGCCGCCCAGGCUGCUAGGCUCCUUUUCGUUCCUCUCCCGCCUCAGACCAGCAGCCUUUUAUUUUAGAUCAUGUCUGGAGCGAAGUCAGCCCAGGGUCCAGAGGAAGGGGGCGUCUGCAUCACUGAAGCCCUUAUCACUAAGCGGAACUUGACUUUCCCUGAAGAUGAGGAACUGUCAGAGAAGAUGCACUCAGCAAUGUUGUGGAAUGAAUGAAUGGGUGGAUGGAACAAGUGCUUUUUCCUCCAUGAACCACUCAAAAGGAAGGUUUCACACUCUUGAUGAACUGCAGACUGUCCGCCUGGACCGGGAGGGGAUUACUACUAUCAGGAACUUAGAAGGCCUCCAGAAUCUUCACAGUCUCUAUCUGCAAGGGGUAACUUCUUUCUCCACCCUUCCCCUCCCCUUGACCCCUGUGGACCUAAUCUGUCUCAUCUGAAAGGAGCCAACCAGGUCAUCUUGCCCAUUCCCUGGUGUUCAGGCAGGCAGACCUUCAUUUAAACCAUUCCCAGAUGAAUGACAUAGGGUCCUGAAUUGAAAGACUAAUUCCCUCAAAAUAGAUCCUGAACAUGACCUGUGCUCCCUCCACUGUUCUUUAGGCACUUCUCUUGAUCCAGAAGUUCUUCUUGGCAUCUACUCUAAAUCUUUCAUGUUAAAUAGCUCCAGCCCAUUUCCUGUUUUGAAGAAGAGGAAACUAUGAAGAUUCCUCUACAUCAUUCAGAUCCUACUUGAAGGCUGUUUGGUGGUGGUGGUGGUGGUGGUUGGUUGAUCUUCAGCCUUCCCCUGGUUGAAUAUUCCCAGCUCGCUUCAACUUUCCCCAUAGAAACUUUACCCAUCAAGUUCCUGUAUGCUCAUUGUUCUCUCUGUGUAUGCAAGCCACCACCAAGGCCCUUUCCAUUUUCCUGGUGGCUUCUUGGUUUCCUUUUCUGAUUCCCAGGUCACUCUUUGGUUGCGGAAUCAGAAGAGUACACUUAGUCAGGUUUAGAUACCCCAGGUUUACACCCUUAACCAUCCACAUGGAGAAAGAAAGUCAUCUUUCUUAAGGUAGUGGCAACCUGUUCAAGGAGUGGGGUGACCAUUCCCAAAGUGCCAGAUCUCCAGCUGCAGGAGUAGACAUGGUCUUGGGGCUUUGUCCCCGUAAAGGGCCCCUGGCGUAUCUGAUCUCAGCUUGGUUUCCCCGCUUCGGUUUCUUCUUGCAGAAUAAGAUCCAGCAAAUUGAGAACCUGGCUUGCAUCCCCUCCUUGCGCUUCCUGUCUCUGGCAGGAAACCAAAUCAGGCAGGUGGAAAACCUCCUCAACCUCCCAUACCUCCAGUUUCUGGACCUUUCUGAGAACCUGAUAGAAACGUUGAAGCUGGAUGAGUUCCCCCAGAGCCUUCUCAUCCUCAACCUGUCUGGAAACAGCUGCACCAACCAGGAUGGCUACCGCGAGCUGGUGACAGAAGCCCUGCCACUUCUCCUGGAUCUGGAUGGGCAGCCUGUGAUGGAGCGCUGGAUUUCGGACGAGGAGGAUGAAGCCUCAAGCGAUGAGGAGUUCCCGGAGCUGAGUGGCCCAUUCUGCUCAGAACGAGGCUUCCUCAAGGAGCUGGAGCAGGAGCUGAGCAGGCACAGGGAGCACCGGCAACAGGCGGACCUGACAAAGCACCUGCUGAGGACGGAGAUGCAGCCCACCCUCACCGACCUGCCGCUGCUACCUGGGGUGCCCACGGCUGGGGACAGCAGCCCUUCUGCCACUCCUGGGCAAGGGGAGGAGACAGUCCCUGAGGCCGUCUCCUCACCCCAGGCCUCCUCUCCCACCAAGAAACCAUGCAGUCUGAUUCCCAGGGGCCACCAAAGCUCUCUCUGGGGAAGGAAGGGGGCACGAGCAGCCACAGCCCCCAAGGCCUCUGUGGCUGAGGCCCCCAGCACAACCAAAACUACGGCCAAGAGAAGCAAGAAAUGAUUUUCUGUCAACCUUUCUCUAUUAGUGGAGAGGAGUGGGGCCUGCCCCCCUUCUCAGACCUCUGACCUGUGACAGGAGCCCAUCCCCAGUAAAGUGUCUCUAGGCCCU